UUCGGAGAAGUUAGACACAAAAUGGCGUCUUCCUCAGCGGCAUGAAAGGAUACAUUUAUUUGAUAAUUUUGAUUUUAAAACCCUUUACUCGUGUGGUGGUAGCUUUACUAGACAAGCACGACUUAUCUGACUUAAACGCAUGAAUUUGGAAGUUCAAAAAGUGAUUCUGGGGGAAAUAAAGGCCCAUGCUGUAAUAUUCAUUGGCUGCUGUCUGAUUGGCCCCAGACUCCCAGGAGCCGAUCGAAACAGCUGCAGCAUGGCAUCUGAGCCCGCGGUGCUGCAGCCACGGUGGAAGCGGGUUUUGGGUUGGAGCGGUCCAGUGCCGCGGCCCCGACAUGGACAUCGGGCUGUGGCCAUAAAGGAGCUGAUGGUGGUGUUUGGGGGAGGCAACGAGGGCAUUGUAGACGAGCUGCACGUCUAUAAUACAGCCACAAACCAGUGGUUCAUUCCGGCUGUCAGAGGAGACAUUCCUCCUGGGUGUGCUGCAUAUGGCUUUGUGUGUGAUGGCACGCGGCUCCUGGUGUUUGGGGGAAUGGUGGAGUAUGGCAAGUACAGCAACGACCUCUAUGAACUGCAGGCAAGUCGUUGGGAGUGGAAACGUCUCAAAGCCAAAGCUCCUAAGAAUGGCGGCCCGCCCCCAUGCCCCCGCCUUGGUCACAGCUUCUCUCUGAUAGGCUCUCGUUGUUACUUAUUUGGAGGACUGGCCAAUGACAGUGAGGAUCCCAAGAACAACAUACCCAGAUACCUGAAUGACCUUUACUGUCUGGAGUUACGACCUGGUUCCAGUGUUGUGGGCUGGGACAUCCCUGCCACCUCAGGUCGGCCCCCUCCACCCAGAGAAAGCCACACUGCGGUGGUCACCAGUGGAAAAACUGGGAACAGGCUCAUUAUCUAUGGUGGCAUGAGUGGCUGCCGACUUGGAGACCUGUGGGUGCUUGAUAUAGACUCUUUGACAUGGACCAAACCAUCCAUUGGAGGAACAGCCCCUCUUCCACGCAGCCUGCACUCUGCCACCAUCAUCAACAACAAGAUGUACGUGUUCGGAGGCUGGGUCCCACUGGUGAUGGAGGAUGUCAAAGUGGCCACGCAUGAGAAGGAAUGGAAGUGCACCAACACUUUGGCCUGCCUCAAUUUAGAAACGAUGAACUGGGAGACUGUGGUAAUGGACUCGCAGGAAGAGAACAUCCCCCGGGCCAGAGCAGGCCACUGCAGUGUGGCCAUAAACUCGCGUCUGUUCAUCUGGAGUGGCAGAGAUGGCUACAGAAAGGCCUGGAACAACCAGGUCUGCUGCAAAGACCUGUGGUACCUGGAGACUGAGCGUCCGUGCGCUCCUUCCCGUGUACAGCUGGUCCGUGCUAACACCUCAUCUCUGGAGGUGAGCUGGGGCCCCUGCCAAACUGCAGAUACAUAUGUUCUUCAGCUGCAGAAGUAUGACCUACCACAAACCACACCUGCAAGCCCCACCCCAAGUCCUGCCUCCAACCCUGUCCCCACAGCAUUGCCCUCCCCAACCACACCCACUCCAGCUACACCACCCACUGGUAUUACACUGGUCCCUGCAGCUGCGACUGGAAGUGCACUGACCACACCUAAUAAACCAGCUGUCCUGAAGGUGGCAGCAUCCCCCGGAGGAGCCUCAGGAGCCUCCAUCGUAACAGUCCGACAGGCCACUCCCAAAUCCCCUGUUGCCGUGACAACACUUCCUGCUGGAGUGCGCAUGGUGGUCCCUGCUCAGACCACACAACAAGGAACGCCAAUAGGCACUAACCCUCAGAUGUCUGGCAUGGCAGCUCUGGCUGCAGCUGCAGCAGCCACUCAGAAGAUCCCUCCUUCAUCUGGUACAGUGUUAAAUGUACCGACUGGAGCCACUAUAGUCAAGACUGUGGCUGUGAACCCUGGGUCCACCACUCUGCCCGUCAAAGUGGUGAGUAACCCAGCCACUCGGAUGUUGAAGACUGCUGCUGCACAGGUGGGUGGGGCAUCUGUAGUUUCUGCCCCUGGAACACCCAAUCGACCAAUCAUUACUGUGCAUAAGUCCGGCACAGUUACAGUGUCCCAACAGGCUCAGGUGGUAACGACUGUGGUGGGAGGAGUCACCAAGACCAUCACACUGGUGAACAGUCCUCUAAGUGUGGGGUCUGGGGGCACUCUGUUGGGAAAUCUGGGAAAUCUUGGUAAAGUGGUGUCAGUGGUUCAGACCAAACCAGUACAGAGUGGAGCAGUGACUGGACAGGCAGGAAAUCCUGUCACACAAAUUCUACAGACUAAAGGCGGCCUUCCCCCUGGUACAAUCCUGAAGUUGGUGACCUCCGCAGAUGGUAAACAGACUACAAUACUGAGCACCGCGCAGUCUGGGGCUGCUGGCAACAAACCCACUAUUCUGGGAGUGUCUCCAACAGGAGCUAAACCAGGGACAACCAUCAUCAAGACCAUCCCUAUGUCUGCCUUGCAGGGAGCCGCUGGUGGAAACAGUCCCAUCACCAUCCUCACAAAUAAAGGAGUGACUUCAGGAACAGCUCAGAAAAUCAUUACUGCAGUCCCCAAGAUCUCAGCAGGAGGCCAGCAGGGGCUAACACAGGUGGUUUUGAAGGGGGCCCCGGGGACCCCUGGGACCAUCCUCAGAACUGUUCCCAUGAGUGGAGUCAGACUGGUGUCUCCAGGAUCCAAACCCACCGUCACCACUCUCGUUGUCAAGGGCACCACGGGUGUGUCAAGCCUAGGUACUGUCACUGGGACAGUCUCCACUGUCGCUGGGGGAACUGUUGCUGGGGCCAAUGCCUCUCUUGCCACUCCUAUCACCACCUUAGCAACCAUCGCCACAUUAGCUGGUCAGGUUACAACGGCAACCGCAUCUGGGGCAACCAAACAGGUGACCCUGAUAACAACCCCCAGUGGAGCUGAGGCUCAGCCCUUGGUCCAGGACCUGCCCGUGUCUAUCAUGGCCUCCCCCACGUCUGAGGAACCUGGAAGUACCACCACCAGUUCCACCGUUACUACCACAGCUGAAGGAGACGAGGGUUCCAACACAGUUACGUUGAUCUGCUCUAACCCCCCGUGUGAGACUCAUGACACGGGAACCACCAACACAGCCACUGUGGCCACAGCAUCAAUGGGAGGGACAGAGAGAGUGUGCUCCAACCCACCCUGUGAAACUCAUGAGACGGGAACAACCAAUACUGCCACAGUGGCUGCCUCCAGCAUGGGACAGAACAUGCAGGUCACCUCUAACCCGCCAGUAAAUGGAGCCACUGUUUGUUCCAAUCCUCCAUGUGAGACGCAUGAAACGGGAACGACUAACACCACUACUACAGCAGGAGCAGGAGGACUCCGACAGGCCUGUUCUAAUCCUCCUUGUGAGACCCAUGAAACCGGGACGACUAAUACCACCACCACAGCAGGAGCAGGAGGACUCCGACAGGUCUGUUCUAAUCCUCCAUGUGAGACUCAUGAAACGGGAACCACGAACACAGCAACUACAGCAGGAGCAGGAGGACUUAGACAGGUCUGUUCAAAUCCUCCAUGUGAAACUCAUGAAACAGGAACCACCAAUACAGCAACUACAGCCACAGCUCAGCAGAGUGGAGAGUCACAGGGAGAAUCUGUUGAACCAUCAGACUCUGCCUCUUCUGUUACCACAGCCAGUCAGAGCAGAGCUGUGACUACAGUGACACAGGCCACACCCACUCCAGGCCCUUCCAUUCCUGAGAUUGCAUCGUUGGUUGGAGAAGAGAGGGCAGAGUCUUCUGAAGCCGUUGCUGUGGUCACUGGAGCAGAGGGAGAAGAGCCAAUGCAGACAGACCAACCAGAGGAUGUGAUGUCAUCCGGAGCCACAGUGUUACAAGUUCACAUGGGAGGAGCAGGAGAUGCCCCACAGAUGGAGACGGCAGACAGCGGCCUGCCUCAGGAGCUGAUGUCAUCAGAAGGGGACGAAUCAGGAGCUACGACUCUUAUGGUGACUGGAUUGACCCCAGACCAACUGACUACAGCAACAGACGAGGCCCAGCAAGCCACGAUACAGGCUGUCCUUCAGGCAGCAGGGCAGUUAGGCGAUGCAGAAGGUGGAGACCAGACCAUCCCAAUAGUCUUAACCCAGCAGGAGUUGGCUGCACUGGUCCAACAGCAACAGCAGCUCCAGGAGGCCCAGCAGGUGGUGCCCAAAUCAGAGCCAGAGCCUAUGGCAGAGCAGGCAGAGCCACAGCACACCAUGCCCACAGAGGGACUAGCUCCAGCUGACAGCCUGAACGACCCAGCGGCAGAAAGUAAUGGCCAUGAGCUAGCAUCAUCUGCAGUAACAAGUGCUGUUGCCCGACUUGCCAGCACAUUUGCCCCACCCCCUCUGAGCGCCAGCCCCAAUAAGAUUCAGGCUGCUGCUACACUAACAGAGGUGGCUAACGGCAUUUCUAAUGCUGCUCAGAAACCAGCCACAGUGAAGCCAGUCCCUAAAGACUCUCAGUGGUACGACGUGGGCAUUGUGAAGGUCACCAAUAUGGUGGUGUCUCACUACUACGUCCCCUACGAUGACAACUACGUUGACGAUGACUCUGGUGCGGUUCCAGAUUAUUCUCAGAUGAGGAAAGUAGAGCUUCAGCCAGGAACAGCCUACAAGUUCAGAGUGGCAGGCAUCAACAUCUGUGGAAGAGGGGCAUUUUCUGAAGUGUCUGCAUUUAAAACCUGUUUACCGGGAUUCCCCGGGGCUCCAUGUGCCAUUAAAAUCAGCAAGAGCCCAGACGGAGCUCAACUGACCUGGGAGCCUCCAGCAGUCACCUCUGGGCGGAUAACUGAGUACUCUGUUUACCUGGCCAUCCAGUCUUCACAGACCUCCACGGGCUCCUCGGGGUCCCAGGGCCAGUUAGCCUUCAUGAGGGUCUACUGUGGCCCCAGUCCGUCCUGCCUGGUCCAAUCCUCCAGUCUGUCCAAUGCCCACAUCGACUACACCACCAAACCUGCCAUCAUCUUCAGGAUUGCAGCCAGAAAUCAGAAGGGCUACGGACCAGCAACGCAAGUUCGGUGGUUACAAGAUACUAAAGACACCAAGCCUGCUAUGAAAAGACCUGGAGUGUCACCUGAUUUUAAACCCGCCGGAUCUAAGAAGUUCAGAGCUGACCAAUAAGAACUAAUUUUGCUCUGAGGCCUGUGAUUGGACACCUGUCUUCGUAAGCGCUGGCCCUAUUAUGUCCUUAAAAGAAGAGCGGCUUGGGCUAGUGGUUCCUUUUACCAUGUAACCCAUUCAUAAUCUUCAAAACUGAAAGACAGAGACUUGUAAAAUAUAUUUGUACAUUUAUCGAUCAAUCCGACCGUUUCUCAUGUUAUUUUUUCCUUUAUUUCUUCUUGCUGUUUGUCAGGAACCGAAUGUUUAAAAAAAAAGAAAAAGGGGGGGAGUCAGUGGCAGUAUUUUGUCAUCCAUCGAAAAUAAUUAAUGUUUUUGAGUUAAAUGUAGUUUGUAGAAAGGUCAAAGGUUAAGGCGUGGAACUUGGACUAGCUCUGUGUAAAUUAAUUAUUUCUGUAGCCGUUUUCUCCUUAUUCACUCUUUUUUUUAUAUAUAUAUAAACGUCUCAAAGAAAAGCCAAAUGGUUUAUGUUUAUCUGUGGUUUAUGUUACUCUCCUGUUUUGAACUCUGCCAUUGGUCCAUUUGAAUGAUCUGAGCUCUCUGAUGGGUCCGUUUGUUUGUGGGACUUAACAGAGCAGUCUGAUUUGUCCAUCUUGUUUGUGGAAUGACUCAGCUGUUGUUUGUGAAUAUUCUCUGCAACAAUAAAGAUUUUUAGAGCGUUUUUUACAAA